CAUAAUAAUACUACUUGAUUCAGUAAUACAUAUUUUGACAGCCUAUUUUAAGUAUAAGUAACUAGUUGGCGUUCUUCCCAUGUAGAAAGUAAAUCAACGUUGAAAGAAAUGUAACCCUACCACAAGGUCGCUCACACUUUACUUGUCAGUUGGACAAAUUAAAUAUACUGGUUUGCUGGUUUUUGUACCUUGCGUAAGUUUCGACAAAGUAGUGCUAUAAAACAUUGCAGAAAAGAUAACAACAUAUCAGUUAAGAAGUAUUCGUGCACUAGGAACAAUACCUACGAAUUAAUCAAUAUGAACUCAAAGAUCAUACUUGCUGCCUGUAUCAUGGCUCUAGUAGCGGCUCGACCACAGGAGAGUCACGGACACGGACAUGACUCCCACCACCACGCUGUCUCCUCGCAGCACAUACAGCGCCACGACGUGCCCGGCAAGGCGCCCGAAGGCCAUCACGACUACUACGCGCACCCUAAAUACGAGUUCGAGUACAAGGUGGAGGACCCGCACACCGGCGACAAGAAGUCCCAGCACGAGUCCCGAGACGGCGACGUCGUGAAGGGCUACUACAGCCUGCAUGAGGCUGACGGCACUGUCAGGAUUGUGCACUAUACUGCCGACAAGAAAACUGGGUAAGCACUGAAAAUAUUUUAUGAUUUUAAUUUAU